AUGGGGUCUUUUACUCGGGCAGUGAAGAAAAACAAGAUCGUGGCGGUGAUACUAUCAGUUUUUGACUGGUAUCCCUCCCACUAUCCGGCAGAAGAGCGUAAACUUUUACGAAAACUAGAUCUUGCGAUUCUGUUCCUUGGCCAGCAAAAUGUCACCAACGCCUAUGUAUCAGGCAUGCGCGAGGAUCUUCAUUCUCACGGGAACGAGUUGAAUUACUAUGUCGUUGCUUACAACACCGCAUACGUUAUUGGACAAAUCCCCCUCAUGACUCUUCAAACCAAGGCAAAGAUCGCACCUUUCUUGCUUCCUUCUCUCCAGAUCAUCUGGGCAGUUAUCGCCUUUUCCCAGUCUGAAAUCAAGCAUAGCUGGCAUCUGUACAUCUUACGCGCCAUCACAGGGUUCCUUGAGGCCUCCUCAUUCGGUGGCACUCAUCUCAUUCUUGGCAGUUGGUUCAAGAACGAGGAGCUCUUCAAGCGUGCUGGAGUGUGGUUCAUGGGCAAUUCUCUCGGUUCCAUGUUCUCCGGCUACCUGCAGGCCGCAGCCUAUCGAAAUCUCAAUGGCGUUUACGGGCGUGCGGGUUGGCGGUGGCUUUUCAUCGUCCAGGGCAUUAUUACCCUGCCCAUAUCUUUCUUGGGAUUCGCAUUCUGGCCUGGUCUCCCCACAUCACCUAAGAGGUGGUACUUUACCAUGGAGGAACAUUCUCUUGCUGUGAAGCGGAUGCCGACUGUCGAGCAAGAGGGUAUCACAUGGAAGACGUUCAAGUAUACGCUCUCCAGGCCAAUGUGGUGGAUCUGCGUUCCCUGCUACAUCUUUUUGUGCCAAGCACACUAUUGGACAGGUUACAUGGCUUUGUGGCUAAAGGCCACUGGGUACUCCGUUGAAUUGGUGAAUAUUUUGCCGACUUUUAUCGACCUUUUACGCGCAUUAUCCUCGUGGAUUGGAACUACGUUGGCGGGUUGCUUGAGCCUGAGGGGCCUGUGGUCUUUUCAAGCGGUAAGAAUACAUCUGACCCAAAAGGGCGUGAGCAGCGAUGCUAAUAUCUCCCAGUCAUUCGUUCUCUUCUCGUGCAUUGUCUUGUCGAUAUGGAAUGUCCCCGACAUCCUCAAAUUCCUCGCAUUUUAUUUUGGAGGCUUCUCGGGAAUGGCAUCCCCAAUCUUGUAUUCCUGGCUGAACUCCACGCUCAGUGAGAAUUAUGGCGAAAGAGGGCUCAUCAUCUCUUCAAUGAUGACUCUCGGAUUCUGUGGACAAAUUUGGAUCCCUCUUUUCACCUUCCCAACCGUCGAAGCUCCACGCUAUCCACACGGAUAUCCCGCGGCUACUGUGUUCGAAGUCGCAAUGUGGGCUUUUCUCAUGUUUGGCACGUGGUACAUGAAGAGAUGGAAGCACAAGCAUCCCGACCUUGAGAUGAGACUUGCAAACGAAGGAGAAGCUCGGGAAAUCUCUUCAGUCCAGGGAUCUGAUUCUGAGAGGCCUGAUGGAGAGAGCUCGGCACCGCAGUACGCAGGCAAAGGGGACGAGGUAGUGGCCGCUCAACCUGUGAUCCAGAAAAGCUGA